AUGGCAUCCACGGACAGUCCCAGGAUUAUACUGGUGCAAGAAGUUUCAAGUCAAGCUAGCAUUGACAAUGCCGACGACGGCAGGGACGGUGACAGUGCCGGCGAUGGCAAGGAUGAUGGCACAAGUUCCAGCGAGGGGACUGAAGUGGACUCAGCUUCUGUGCCAAAAGCCGCUCAUCAGAAGAAGAGUGUCCGCUUCCUGAUCGUGGAAGAAAAUCACAGGAUGCACGGGGGCAGCAUCCACGAGGAGCUCUGUCAGAUGGAUAAACUCAAGUCCCGGAGCGUGGGGCGAAUUCAGCCCAGGAACGUCUCCCUGGCUGACAGACCGCCUCCCGUGUUCAGCAUCACCAGCAUCACGGACACCGAGCCCCAACCACUCUUCUCAGCCGCCGUCAAAGCCGCGGUCGACUCGCAGAGAGAGAUCGACGAGAGGAUAGACCGCUUCGUAGAAGCGCCCGAGUCCCCUGCAGAAGACGCUGAAGUCCAUCCCAAAAUCCAUCCCAAGGGCUCCAAGGAGAGGUUGCAGGAGAGAAGGAUGACUGUGUUCCAGCAUCAGCUCCUAGAGUUUCGCCACAGCGAGACGGCGAAGACAGAACUGAAGCUCCGCCUGCAAAGACUGUCUACGUUCCUCUGCGCAGCCGCCAUCCUGGCCGUGGCACUGGCCAUCAUAGAUCUGGAGUACAGCUACUCUCAUGGGACCAACGCAAUAAUUUCAAAUUCCUCGACUUUUUACCCAGUUUCAACCGGCGCCCAAGCCUUUGGGAUCUGCCUCAAGGUCGGGAUAACUCUGGUUUCCGUUCUGACCUGUGUUCUCUUGUACCUGUACUUCCAUCAGCACUGCCGAUUCCUUAUCGUCAAGCACCACCUCCCACUGGGUGCUACCGUCUUCACAUCCCCGGAUCGUUGGAGUUUCGUGGCAGAGGUCGUCCUGUGCAUCUUCCACGUUCCGCCCCUGACCGAGGUCUUCAUUCCAAACGAGUUGCAGCUCGUCUCCUUCCUGAGGCUGUACCUCGUCGGCCGGUACAUGAGAGAGCACAACCACAUGGCCUUCAGCAAGUCCACGCGGUUCCUUGCCUCGGUGUUGCAGACCGAGCUAGGAGCCGGCUUUCUGGUCAAGACCUUCUUCAUCAAGUGGCCCUUCCGUAUGGUCGGAAUAUGCUACUGUCUCAACCUGUUUGGGGUCGGGUACCUAGUGUUCUCAAUCGACAGGCUCUUCAGCCCUUUGCAGUGCAAUCCUCUGCUUGAUGUGAUAUGGAUGCAAGUGGUUACCAUGACGACUCUGGGCUUCGGUGACGUGGUCCCGGAUUCUGUCAUGGCCAGGGCCUUCGUUGGCAUGUCGUCGGUGUUCGGCAUUUUCCUCAUGGCUCUACUGAUCAGCGUGAUUCACGAAACGCUGCAGAUGUCCCAACAGGAGAAACGGAUCUUGGCUUACGUUGAAAGGCAAGACUUUGCUGAUCGGAUGAAGCAGCGAGCGGCGCGCUGCAUCCAGGCCACCUGGCGUCUGUACUUGUUCAAGCGGACCGGUCACGACAGCUCGCCUCGCCGGCGUCUAUGGGGCGUCCUCCCCCAUCCAAUGACGAUGUUGAGGCGUGGACGGACCAAAGAACGGUUGAUCAAAGAACUCUACGACGUGCUGAUCCAGUGGAGGGAAAUCAGAAAGAGCAAAACACAAGAUGACGGAUGGUCGAAGGAUUUCGUAGCUGACAACACCGCCAUCAUGCUGACGGACGUCGCACGACGAUUGGAACAUAUGGAUGGACUCUUGAAGAGAAGCCUAGGGAUCGAGGACGAUGAAGAGCUGGAACAAGGAGAAGAUAAAAAACUUACUGAGCAGUCAAUCGGCGAAGCGCCACCACUCGACCCGUCGACUUCACCAGGUCGUCAUGGCGACGGACAGGGGAUCGAUGACGUUGGCAUUGCCAUGGAAACGUUGCUGCGCCGUUUGAAGGACCUCGGCGGGAGUUUCGAGGAGUCGCACUACAGGACCAUGACCGAGUUGCAGGCGCUGCAAAACCUGGUCAUGGCGAGGAAAGAGGGCGUUGGCGCUGCCGAUAAGCGAUAACACUUCAUCUCUCACGAGGGCGCCCUUUGUGACAAGUAACUAUGGAGACACCACUUCCAAACGGGUGCACCCCAGUAUAUAAAAAGUUCCAUGGACACCAAUGAUAAAUCCCCAUUCUUCAGAACUCUUUUAAAAAUACUCAAGGUGUUCAGGCUGAAAAAUGUUGAACGAUGUCAUCUUUCAUUUUCUUUUCAAUUUUUGGUGGAUUGAGCAUUGACUUUUCGAGAAAUUCCCGCCCAAAGAAGACCACCCCUGAAACAAAUAUGUUUCCCAAACUAGAAAAGUAGCCAUUUUUAAAAGAGGAUCUAUCCACAACAUGGCUAAUGAGCGCCACUUUCGCCAGAGGUGCAGAGAUGUCUUCAAUUCCCCCAUUCCAUGGCUCUCAGCACUCUCUAUUAGGCCUAUAGAACAAUUUGAGUGUAUAACUUUUAUUCAUGAGCUAGGUGGACGGAUUUUUGGCCUAUUGACUGGGAUGUACCCAAAAGGGUUUGUACGAUGAGUAUUACCAAAAAUUUUCCAUUUUCGGAGUCCAUAUUCUUUUCCCUACCAUAUGCUUUUUCUUGAAUUUCAUGCUAUUAUCUUUUCCGUUUGCUCGGAAAUAGCCGAAUCCAAAUAAUGGUCUCUUUUUUUGUAGACUUAUGAUAAGAAGUUAGGAACUUGAAUUAAAACUUUAUGUAAUACUACCUAUUCUUGUAUUGGUAGCUAUCUUAGAUUUGUGCCCGAAUCGUUUUCUUAACUAAAAAAUUAAAAAUUAAAAAUUAAAAUUAACUAUCGAAUUAAAACUUUAUGUAAUACUACCUAUUCCUGUAUUGGUAGCUAUCUUAGAUUUGUGCCCGAAUCGUUUUCUUAACUGUUUCAAUACAAGUCGUGUUAUUUAAAAUUCAAAUUAUCUUAAUUAUUGUACACCACAUUGGCGUAGGCCUACCCUGGGCCUACUAUAGUUUUACCAAAGUCCAAUAAUCUUUCGCUGUAUAAGUUUACACAUGCGCCAGAUACAUUUAAUGAUAACAUGCUAAACUCAUGUGCGUUAUUUACCUUUGGUAAGAGGCUCCCUAACAUCCUUCAUAUCAACUUUAAUGUAACAAUGUUAUAAUCACAUUUGUCAACGUAAGAAAUUUCGGUUAUAUGGUAUUCGAUUCCGAAUAUCGAGCUGAAUAAAGACUGAACAUUCUA